AUGUCACAUAUUGAAGAAGAAUUUGAGGAAAUCGAACGAAAUCAUGGAUGGAAUAUGUUAUUUCGAAAACUUGCCAAUGAUCAUGGUGUUCGAACAUUAGAGAAGAAGAAUAACAUUGCUUUGUUAAAUGUCAAUCGAGGACUCAAUCGAUUUCGUGAUGUUCUACCAUAUGAUGACACGCGUGUUCGUCUUCAACAUGGACCAAACGAUUAUAUCAAUGCAAAUUUUGUCGAGGUGCCUUGGGCUAAUCGAAAGUAUAUCCUUACACAAGGUCCACUUCCAUCCACCUCAGAACAUUUCUGGCAAAUGGUUUGGGAGCAAAAUAGUCGUGUCAUUGUGAUGCUAACGCGUCUAAUUGAAAAAGAAUGUAACAAAUGCUGGCUUUAUUAUCCGGAUUAUGAAAAUGAUAGUGAAUUGUUAUACGAUGCUGUUGAUUUAAAAGUGACAUUUGUAUCUGAAAGACAGGAGGAAUAUUAUACACAGCGAAAAUUUGAAUUAACAAACAUUUUAACAGGAGAAACCCGUCCAAUAAUCCAUUGGUCAGAUUUUGAAUGGCCAGAUCAUGGCGCACCGAAUAGUCCCGAGCCAUUUCUUCAGUUGUUAUGUGAUGUUCGUCAAUCUGGUGCCUUUGAUUCUCGUUUCGGUGCACCGAUUCUCCAUUGUAGUGCUGGCAUUGGUCGAUCUGGAACAUUUGUUCUCGUUGAUAGCGUUCUAAAAAUGAUUGCGCAUUCAGAUAACCCGAAUGAUAUCUCGUUAGUCGAAGUUCUCGCUCAUAUCCGCACUCAGCGUCAUGGGCUUAUUCAAACGGCUGAGCAAUUGAGAUUUUCAUAUAUGGCUAUUGCUGCUGGUUUGAAAGAACUUGAUGAACUUGAACAAUGUGAAGGUCCAUUCAAUGAAAGUGACUUUGAUGAAUUAAGUGAAAGUGAUAAUGAUAAUGAUUCGAAACUAAGUAAAAGUCUCGAGGAUAUUAAUUCGGAAUUACAAAAACGUGCUGAUAAUUCUCAACCGUUGUCAACAGCGAAUGAUGUUGAAACAUCGCUUCGUCUUCGUCAAGAACGUUUAAAACGCAAUGAAGCCUUGGAGAAGAAAGUGAAUGAAAUGAAAGCGAAACUACAUGAGCAAUCUCCAUCUUCGCAUUUAAAUGAUGGGAAAAAUAUGUCGAUAUUGAGCGUUCUUUUGACAAAAUAUCGCCGUCCAAUUUUCUUUGGUUUGAUUACAUUGGUGACUGGCUCCUUUUUUUUAUACAAAUUUACUAAGAGUAAUGAUCGAACACAAUAA